ACUUUUGGAGCCACUUUUUAAGCUGUCCUCUCCUCAGAUGGAUUAAACAUUGCUUCAUCUGGCUCCUCGUGAAUUUCAAGAUGUGUGCUACAUCAACGAUGGCUCUGUUGAAAAAUAUCCUCAUCCUCAUUCAGCUUCUUCGACUAGUGAGCACCAUAAAUACCAUCUUCUUCCCAUGUGACACUGAUGUGAAUACCACUGCAGUAGACUGCUAUGAAAGACCACUCAUUCGUGUUCCACUUAUCAAGUCUUCCACGGUAGUGUCACUCAAUUUAAGUCGGACUAAGAUACAGCAAGUGGGGCAGCAUGCUUUCUCACAUGCCCCGAACCUUGAAACUCUGAAAAUAAUGGACAAUUGUCAGCCAGGUCACCUGAGAACUUGGGUAGACCGCUCAUGCAAAUUGGAGAUUCACCCUGAUGCCUUCAAGGGCCUAAAGAUGCUUAAAUUUCUGUAUCUGUCAGGAAACAGCCUCACCUCUAUACCCUUGUUACCUGAAAACCUAAAAGUUCUCGAUCUACAGAAUAAUAGCAUCUUCCACAUUAUUGAGCCAUUAAAAACUCCACAUCUAGAGGAGCUCUAUCUCACCAGGAACUGUUUUUAUGCAAACCCUUGCAACCGGUCCUUUUACAUCAGUGAGAGGGUUUUCAGAGAGCUCCCUGAACUCACAACUCUUACCUUAGGGUAUAAUAAUUUGACAGCUGUCCCUAAAGGGUUGCCACCCUCACUGAAGUGCCUGAAUUUAAAAGAGAAUACAAUUACAGAGGUCUUAGAAGGAGCAUUUGCCAAUCUUACUCUCCUACAGUAUUUGAAUAUAGAGUGGAAUUGCCAGCGUUGCGACCAUGCAGCCAGGCCCUGCUUUCCUUGCCCACAAAAUCAACCUUUACACCUACAUCCAAACUCCUUUUAUGCUGAGAACAGCUCCAUCAACUUCCUAAGUUUGAGGGGAAACUCUCUGAAAACAUUUCCAGAGGGCCUUUUCAGACCUUUAAAGAAUUUAAAGAAACUGGACCUCUCUGACAAUCUCCUAGCAUAUGCCAUACAAAAUGGUACCUUCUUCCGCGACCUGAAGGGCCUCACUUGGAUUAGCCUUAUCUAUAACUAUGAACCACUGAGGACAUUUCGAGAACUGAACCUCUCACCACAUAUUGGCAAUAUAUCUGGUCUACAACAUCUUCUUCUGAGCGGUAACUUCUUCCACAGUCUUUCAAGAGAGAGCCUUCAAGUUUUGUCAAGACUUCAAAAUCUAACGACACUUGAACUGAGAAUGAACUUCAUAAAUACUUGUAACUUGAGUGCUCUGGGAAAGUUACCUUCUCUCAUUCAUAUUGACCUUUCCCAAAACAUGCUUAAUUUCCUUCCAUGCUGUUCCAGUCCAUCCUCUGAGAUUAUGACACAGCAAAACUGUCAGAACCAGAACUUGUAUACACAUGAACUUCACGACCCACCCCUUAUUCUAGUAGAUCGAGAAGUCACACAUGGAAGCGACAUCUGGGAAUCAAACCAAUCAAAUGUGCCGGAAAUAUUGGAGGACAAUGUGCUAAACUUUUCAUCACUAUGGGACUUUAAAACCAAUUUUUGCAAAUAUAAUCUGAUGUUUGAUCUGUCUCAAAAUGACAUUCUGUCUCUUAACAAAGAUGUGUUUGUAGGCAUGGAAGAUGCUGUUUGUUUAGACCUUUCCUUCAAUUACAUGAGCCAGACAGUGAACAGUGGGCUGUUCGUUAACAUGACAAAUUUAGUUUUUCUUGAUUUGUCAUACAAUAGACUUGAUCUUUAUCACAGAGAUGCUUUCAGUGAGCUUAAAACAACUCUGAAGGUAUUAGAUAUUAGUAACAAUGAGUUUCACUUCAAAAUGAGGGGCAUGGGCCAUCGUCUUGAGUUCCUUCACAACCUGACUAACUUAGAAGUCCUAAAUCUGGCAAACAAUGGCAUUGGGAUGCGAAUAGAUCAAAGGCUGAUCAGCAGCUCUUUAAAGUACCUCUACUUUAAUGGAAACCACCUAUAUAUCAUGUGGGAGCCUGACAACAACAAGUACACUCAUUUCUUCCAAAACCUGACAGAGCUCAUGUACCUGGACAUCUCUAACAAUGGGCUGAAAUCAAUUUCACCAGAAGUGCUGUGCAACCUCCCAGGAAGCAUUAAGUUCCUCAACAUCAAUGACAAUCUGCUGAACUAUUUCCCAUGGCAAAACAUCUCAGAGCUCAGCAAUUUAUCACACCUGAACCUGAGUAAAAACUACCUCUCUUAUUUGCCCCAUAAAGAGAUAAGUUUUGGAGCAUCUUUUUCUCUUUUGGACCUUAGUCACAAUCGACUUUAUUUUAUUCCUGAGGAGUUUUUUAAAAAGGCAGAAAACUUGCAUAUUCUCCAUCUCAACCACAAUCAGAUCAAGGAGUUGAAUCAUCAGUAUCUCCCUGCCCCUUUUAAAAGUGGUAGUGCCCUUCAGACACUCACCUUGCAUGCCAACCCCUUUAAAUGUGACUGUGAUACAUCUUGGUUUGCAGACUUUUUGCGUACUACUUCGGUACACAUUCCUUAUGUCACCACACAUAUACACUGUGAAUUCCCCGAGUCCCAACUGGGCGAGAGUGUAUUGUCUAUGGACCAGCGUUCCUGCCAGGACAUAUAUGGUAGCGUAGCAUUCCUCGUCAGUGCCUUCUUGGCUGUGAUAUUCACUGUUCUGCCCCUACUUAAGCAUCUCUAUGGAUGGGACAUGUGGUAUUGCUUACAGGUGCUUUGGGCAGGACAUAAAGGCUACUCUCAGCUGGCUCGUAGUGAUUCGCAGUAUCACUACGAUGCUUUUGUCGUGUUUGACACCAGUAACCGGGCUGUGAGAGACUGGGUCUACAAUGAGUUAACUGUCCAUCUGGAGAACUCAGGUCACAGGAGGUUUUGUCUCUGUUUGGAAGAGAGGGAUUGGAUUCCUGGGCUUUCAUGUAUUGAAAAUCUACAUAAUGCUGUCUACAACAGUGUGAAGACGGUAUUUGUGCUGUCCAGUGGUGUUAAUGGUGGUGAGACAGUGAAUGGUGUGAUCCGCCAAGCUUUCUUUAUGGUUCAGCAGCGGCUUCUGGAUGAGAAGGUGGAUGUAGCUGUGCUGGUUCUGUUGGAUGAGAUGUUUCCCAAACUGAAGUACCUUCAGUUGAGGAAGAGGUUGUGCAGGAAGUCUGUGUUGUCCUGGCCGAGAAACCCAAGGGCCCAACUUCUUUUCUGGAAUCAAAUAAGAAUGACAUUGUCAUCAGAUAACCUCAAAUUCUAUGACAACAACAUGAGUGAAAGUUUUAUAUGACUCCCUUUGAACGGCUUAUACAGAACACCUGGGUAGCAAAAUAAAAAUGCACCUACUUUCCAUGACCUCAUUUUGGAGAACCAGUCUCUUAUUAAUGCUAUCACAUCCAUAAUCUUAUUCUGACAAUACUUGAUUGAUGUUUGAUGUUAAAUCUAAAAUGUAUUAAUUCUUUAGUGUAAAUAUUUAACUUUUAAAGAUUCUGUUCUGUUGUGUUAUCUGACAUUUUGGCUGCUCUGUUGUUAAAUCUUAAAUGUUUUUAUUUUAAUAAUUAAGUGCUUUUGAUUGAUUGGUUUUCUUUGAAUGCCCUCUACUGAUGUUUUUCCUAUUUUUUUCUGUAUGAUUUAAGUAUUUUUAGUGAAUUAAUCCUUGUCUUCUCAGAGAGUUUGUGCUGGGUAGGGAAGUGUUGCUGUUGUUUGCUGUAAUGUUAAUGGAGACAUUGUACAUUGUACAUCGACAAACUAAU